AUGGAUAUUCAACGAAGGCCAUAUUUACAUGGAUAUUCAACAGUAGCUGGACUAGGUGACCAGACUAAGGCCCUGUUGGCUCCUUGGAAUAUUUGUUGUUUUGAAAUCAAAUACUCUUCAGCUGUGGAUGAAAUGUUGUUGAAAAUGAAAUUUGUAGUGUUUGUGCGAAUUAAUAUUACAUUUAGUAGNGUGUCUGAGGACUUUCUAUGGCAUACUCGUGGGCCUAAACGCGGAGAGCCUCGUGGCUAUGCUUUUGUUCAGUUUAGCACCAAAGAGGAAGCUAAACUGGCCAAGGAGAAGAUGCAUGGGAAGUUGGUAUGUGGCCGUCCUUUGGUGGUUCGUCUUGCCAGUGAGAAAUACUUGCUGGAAAUGGCAGGGAAUUCUGGCAAAGCAGUUGGUGAGGCAAACAAAUCAGGCCUUACAAGUAGCUGUUCGGGACAGAUGUACCGAAGUGCUAAAAUAGCUGCAAUAAAGAACAAAUUGAAAGCUAUGGAGGAAGAGGGCCCUAGCACGAAGAAGCAAAAACAGAGUGAAAACAAUUCUGGCACUGAUAAUCUCUGA